AUGGGAAUUUUAGGAAAUGGACAAAUUGUUGGACUUUCUGAUUCAGGAAUUGAUUGGGACAAUUGUUUAUUUAGAGAUGCAAACAAUCCCAUUGUGAAAACCAACAGUGUCAACAUGAAUCAUCGUAAAAUUGUUGGAUACGAUACAGUGUCUGCUUAUUCUGAAUCUGGUUUCAUAUCCUCGGAUGGUCAAGACGAAGUGGAUGGACAUGGAACUCACGUAGCUGGUUCUAUUUGUGGAAGUAUUCAAAAUUUGGCUUUCAAUUCCAAUGCCAAUCCAAUCAAUGAAUAUCACGGAAUAGCUCCAAAUUCAAGACUUUAUUUUGUGGAUUUAAAAAAAAACUGGAAAUCCAUUUAUUGCGUGUGGAAGAAUCCAAAGGACGGUUACAAAGAAGGUCAAAAUGUGUCAGACGAAACUUGCCAAGCAUUGUUUGGAAGCGACUCUUGUUGCUCUAUUUCUAAUCAAUAUAAUUCUCUCUGUCAAGAUGUGGAUCAAACCUUGUGGGAUUAUCAAGAUAGUGUCAUUCUUUUUUGCUGUGGAGGAAUAUCUUCGAAAGGAAAUACUGAAUCUCCUGCAACAGCAAAGAAUGUAAUCGCUGUGGGUGCAAGUUUGACCUCAAAUUCUGCAUUCGAGGAAUCUGUGUAUUAUGAAGAUUUUAAAAACAACAUUCAAAAUGCUAAAUUACCAUUCUCAACUCCUGACGAAUGUUGUGCCUAUACUGGAAAAAAUCAAGAAUUUGUUCGAGCUGUCUGCUGUCCAAGUGCAUGGAAGAACUUAUACACGAGCAAUCCAUCCACCUUCAAUGAGUUCAAUUUGGCCUUUUUCUCUUCCAAAGGUCCAGCAGUGGGUAAUAGUAUCAAACCUGAUGUGACAGGAAUUAGUUACAAUGUAGUGAGUGCUCAUUCCGAUGGAGACACGACCACUAAUCAAUGUGGAACCAUUUCACCAGCCCUUGGAAAUUCAGCUGCUUUAAUGACCUCUAUGGAUUUAGGAAGUCCAAACUCUUACGAAGGUUUUGGAAGAGUUUAUUUGGGAAGUUUGUUACAAAAUCAAGAUGGUACUCCAUUGAACAUUCUCGUGAAGGAACAAUCCUUUAAAAGCAUUUCAAAUUCUCUCAAAUUAUGUUUCAAGAGAGUGAAUGGAAACAACGCAAUUCAAACUUCACCCAUCUUUAAGGUCACUCUUGCAUGGUAUGAUUAUCCAGGAAGUGUUGCGGUUGUGCCUCAACUUUUGAGUGAUUUGAACCUAUUCAUCAAUACCUAUGUGAUCAACACUAAUGUUUCAAAACUUUCAGUGAUUGCUGGAAAUUAUGGAAACCAAGUGGACACGACGAAUAAUGUGGAAAGAAUGGUGGAAGAAUUACCCCAUUCAUCCUUGAAAGAGAGUUCUGUGUAUGUGAGUGUGGCCGUCUAUGUGACUUCAAUCUUGAAAGCAAAUCGACAACCUUUUGCUCUCUUAAUCACCUAUCCGAAAGAAAUGUUUGAGGCAAUGGAUCCAACAAACCCUUCAUGUCUCUAUACCACUGAUUUUCAACCCCUCCACCUCUUUCAGAUGAAGCUAUUGUUGGAAUUGUGA